CACGAGCGCGCUGGAGGGUGUAUGUACAUACUCCUAAAUCAUCCAGAGAAUGAAAUAGAGGUGUUUCGAGGGUCUGGUUGGUGGAGCAGGAAAACAUGCAUAGGUCAAUUCAAAGGAUGAACGAGAGGUCAACGAUGGGUGAAAUUUUGAGAAGCUGGAUCCAAGCGAGGCUAGGAGCGAUGAUCGAUUUGACGCCGGAUAUGUUUGGACAUUACACCAGAGACGGGACGCUGCUAGCGCAAAUGUUGCACAGCUACGACAUAAUAAAUCGCGAUCAACUGGAAACGAUCGUGCAUACGCAGGAUCCGGCUCUGUGCAGAGUGAACCUGAAACACCUCAAGUUUUGGCUACGCUUCCUGGGCAUCGACUGCGACGACGAGAGCAUCGCGGAGAUUUCUUGCGGCAAGGGUGCCACCUCGUUGCGUCUCUUCUAUAAGCUCUACUUGUGCCUCGAGGGAAAAGACAGGUUGCACUUUAUCACGCUGCAAAAGGAGAGAGAAAAAUUUGUGCCCACCUCGAAGAAAUUCGAGGUGACCACCGUGUCGGAGGACCCUUCUGCCUACGAGCCCCCGGAUCAUCCUUUCUGUUCGAAACUGGUGAAAGGCAAGACCGAGAUGGGACGCUUCAAGUUCCCUCUGCUGCUUCGAAACCUCCGUCGGAAACGAGAGAAGCUAGAGCAGCCUUGGAAGCCGUAUUCGAUCGUGCAUCCUGUCGAAAAAGUCUCGAUUGGACGAAAGUAA